CAGAAAGAAGUAAGUGGCUCAGGUUUUUGGUGUGUUCGGUGGACAGCCCUGUGGUUGAUUAUGAGCGAGCAGUUUGAUGGUUAUGAGGCAAAACACCUGGUCGGAGAGAAGGCUAUCGAAAAAUUUCUAAAAGCUGGAACCUCACAGAUUGGUGUUGCUGUUCAAUCUGCAUUGAUUGGUACUGAAGUGAAGCAGGAGAAACAACGCAAAGGAAGCGUUGAGCAUAGUUAUGACCCCUAUAUGAGUGGUACCUUUUUACCGCCGGAUGCUUUUCAAGAGGAAUUAGCAGGAAAGAAUUUACCGGAACAAGUGAAGUUUUUAAAGGAGCGUGGGUACACGUUUCGAGUGAUCUCUGAACGUUUAAAUGUACCGAUGACAAACUGUUACACAGCAAUCAAGCGGUUUCAUUUGCCUAAAGAGUAUUGGGAUCGAAUUAAGACCGAGCUUCGCCGUAAGCGGAGAGCAAGAGAAGCGCUGCAAGCUGAGGAAAACGCUGUCGCAAAGGUUCUAGCAAAAAUUCCCCCUUUCUCAAAGAAACAACGUUUAUUAGAUGGUCUUCAAAACACAGUGCAAAGCAGUAGCGGAGUUGAAGACGGAAAUACAACAAAUACUACAAAUUUGGAGGUGCAGGCAUCAACUCCGGCCCGCCAUGGAUCUCCAAAAGCUAUUCAGCGAAAGCAUUUAACACAUGAAGAUGGUAAAUUAGUGCAAUACUAUAGAGAUCAAGGGCUUACGUUGCAGAAAAUUGCUGAGAAACUACAGAUUCCAAUUUCGUCGUGUUAUCGUAUUCUCAAAAGAUACCAGGUUUCUCAAAAGGCUGGAAUAAUUAUGGGUGCGAAACAAAAUAAUGAAAGUCAUGAAACGGAGUUUGCUGCAUCUGAGGGGUCGCCAACAACAAAAUCGACUUCAGAGUUACUUCUUGGAAUGGUCGACGCUUCUAUGAAAAGCCUUCCUUAUUCUCCUGCAUCAAAGUCUCCAGGCCAAGAAAUGGCAACAGAAAAUAUUAAGAACGAAAACGACUUUGUCAGGAAUGGGCAGGCUUUACCAAAACCUCAGCCGUUGUAUGAAUCAGAUAAAAACUGUCAGGAAGUACUGAAUUCGAGGGAUAUAGAGUCAGCUUCAGAAAACCUGAUACCUUGGAACAGUAAGAAUAAGUGUCUGGUGUGCGGCAUGGAUGUCGAAUCUUUGAACGCUGCUGGUUAUAUCAAACACGUGAAACUUCAUCAGUUCUCCAAAACCGAAACUCAGAAUGAAAGAUUGAAUUCUGUUAAUGAAGACGAUGACAUUGCACCAGUGAGUUCUACAAAGAAUUUGUUUUUUAAGACUCUUCAACCGCAGUCAACUACCAGCUCCUCUCAGCCGCAGUCUCCAAGCUUGCCACUACAACCUGAAAGCUUUGAUCUUCGCAAUGUUCCAUCGACAUCUACGGGUCCAAUUGCCGACAUAAGUCAUGUUCUUCAAGCCAUACGAGAGAAGUUGGAGUGGGCAUCAAAAGAAAUUACCACCACGACGGAUCCGGAUAAGAUUCUUGGCCUUAUGAAGGUUAUAGCCAGCGGCCUUCAAAUAUUGGGUCAGUAUGCAGCAUCGCCAAAUAAGUAA